AAAGAAUUUACGCGCAAACAAUUUUUAUUAAUAUCAUUAAAGCAAUUUAAAGUACACAACUAUUUCGAUAAAUAUAGUAAACUAUCAACUACGUGAAUAGACAUCGAUGCACAAAAGCUGAGACAGCAAAUGUGUUUGCUUGCUAAAAAGCAAAGAACUAAGAAUAAAGACAAUAUGAGUGGACGUGGACGCACACAGCGUAAUAAACGCAGCUUACCCAUUAAAAAUAAUAAUAUGCUAUCUGAUGAUUCGGACGAUCCGCUAUCGAUUGAUGGAAGUGUUUUAGUGAAGAACGAAGUUUGUCCCGAUAUUAUCUUGACAACCGAAAAUGUGGAGGCAUUUGGAAUGGUUGACGGCCAGGAUUUGAUUGCGGAACAUCAACGCAUGAUGUACAACACGGACAUAGCAGCAAGUGCUCAUGACCAACGCAACAUUGUCGAACGCCUUGACAGCUUGGAGCGUAAAGUGGACUUCUUGCUAAAUGUGAACUCCAAGAUCCUAGCACGUGUUGAUAAAAUCUGUGAGGAUAUGCAGGGAGGAGUGGAGCAGAUAAAUGAAUUUCCCAUACAGGAUGUACAAGGAUUGGAAGAAAUUGAGCAAAAGAUCGCAUGCAGCCGAAAAAAAUAUGUCGAAUUGUUUAAGACUAUUCUAUACCCACAUGGUCUUGCUAAACACAUUGAGCGCAUCUUUACAACAAGUUUGGUAAUGAAAAUGAAUUACUCUGGAGUCAGUGACAAAAUUGGAUUAAACAACUAUAAUAAUUUGAACAUGGCUUUAUUUGAAUCUCAAAGAAGGGAAGGCUUUACAAUCAAUGAUCACAUGAAGAUUGUUCGUGAGGCUUUUGUGAAGGCCAAAAAUCGGGUCUAUAAGGCCGCAUCUGUAAAAAAGAGGGAACGACGAGAAGGAAGAAGCAAAAGUUCGAGUAAUAGCAAAAACCACCUCUUUAAAAGAAAAAAAAUUGAAAUAGAAUAGGCAAUAGACCCUUAUGCUACUUAAUCUUAUAAAAGAACUGUAAUUAGUUAUAAAAUAUAUAUUUAAGUCAUUUUGAUUCUUCAAUCGUAGAAAACGAAUAUUGAUGGCACUAUCAAUAUAUCGGAUAUUUAAUUUCGAGUACAGCAUACAAUUUUGCAUUAAUUUACAUAAAUUUACGUUAAAUUUGCACCAUUUAUUAAAAGAGUAACUUUUCAUUAAAUUAUAACUCAUCUUUAA